AUGGCCAAAGGCGAUGCCCGCAUGGGCAGGAUUCUAGCAUCGUCAGCUACAGGAACAAGCUUUCUGAUCCUGAUACAAUUGGCAUCCAGAAUAUUCACGUUCGCUUCAAACCAACUGAUUCUGCGCACCCUCUCGCCAAUUGUUCUAGGAAUAGCAGCCCAGCUGGAGCUUUUCCAGGUUUCAAUCUUGUACUUUUCAAGAGAAAGUAUUCGAAUGGCAAUUCAGAGACAACCAAUUUCCGAGAAAGAAGAACAAGAUGCCGUCGAAACCCAAUCGGUGGCAUCUCAGGCAGUGGUCAAUGUCUCAUACCUGAGCUUUGUCCUCGGAAUCCCUGCAAGUGUCAUAUUCACUAUGCUUUACCAGCGCGUUGUACCAGAAGAGGCUUCCAUGACGGCAUUUUUCAACUACAGCGUGAUGGUCACUGGAGUGGCAUCCCUCUUGGAGCUCAGCAUCGAGCCCUUUUUCGCAGUGGUACAGCAACACAUGUUAUACGAGAAACGCGCUGCUGUGGAGAUGCCGGCAGCUUUUUUGAGAAGCGCGGUUACCUCGUCGAUCUUUAUAUAUGCUUCACGGGCAAACUAUCAAUUUGGCGUGCUCCCUUUUGCUCUCGGUCACCUCAGCUACUCGGUUGCUCUCCUUUGCGGCUAUUCUCUGGCCUUACUAGGAGGACCCCGAAAAGGCUUUUCUUUUAUGUUGACCCGUGUGAGAUCCAGCGACCCGGCCAACUAUUUCCUGGGAUUAUUUUCCCUUCAGGUGAUCUCGCUUGCUGCCAAUGUGUUCUUCCAGUCGUUGGUGAAGCAUUUACUAACACAAGGCGACACCAUGAUGCUAGCUGCCCUCUCAGGGCUGGAAGACCAAGGUAUAUAUUCCCUUGCGUCAAAUUACGGUGGCCUCAUUGCAAGGAUCAUUUUUCAACCGCUGGAAGAAAGUAGCCGCAACCUUUUCUCGGCUCUUUUGAGUCCAGAUGAGAAAGGGAAGGUGGAUGAAACUCACGUUCGUUCUGCCAAAACCCAUCUGGUAGACAUAUUACGCGCAUAUCAGUUACUUGCGGUCCUCGCUUUCCCUCUUGGCCCGUUGAUGGUCCCUCAAUUGUUGCAUAUUCUGGGUGGUCGCCAAUGGGCAUCCCCCAAGGUCGGGGAGCUGCUCUCUGUCUAUUGCUAUUACAUUCCAUUCUUGGCAUUCAAUGGUAUCACCGAAGCAUUUGUGUCGUCUGCAGCCAGCUCACAGCAGAUACGAAAGCAAACGGCAUGGAUGGGUGUCUUCUCUGCUUGUUAUGCCUUGGCCGCCUAUACGUUCCUGGAGGUGGGGCACCUGGGCGCGUAUGGACUGGUUCUGGCCAACAUUGUGAACAUGAUUGUUCGGACGAUCUGGAGCUACGGCUUCAUCAAACAAUAUUUCCAAAACCGAUGUGGCUUGCUCACAAGUGAGGUGGCUAUCCGACCAGCCAGCUUCGUUCUGUGUGCUCUCGCAAGCGUGUUCAUGAGUGAGCAUGGAGUUGGGCGGGAUCUAGGAUUUGUCCGCGCAUGCGCUUUGGGUGCUGGCUACGGUCUCUUGAUGGUCUAUGUAGAAAAGGAGUAUCUGAUGGGCCAGCUGACGCGAGUUCGUCAUAUGCUGUCCAGGAAAAAAGAUGGCAAGUUGGACAAAUCGCAGUAG